AUGUGCACAUCCUGGUCACACAUCUACAAGAAAACGAGGAGAAAAGAAAGUCAUAUAUCUAAAAAUUCUAGGAUCUGGAACAAUGGUGCAAGAAUAAAAAGGGACCUCGGUUCUGGAAACAUCAUGAUUACACAGCACUUCGGAGAUAAAAUUGUAACACCUGGGGAAGAUAUAAGCUUACACUGCAGCGCGACUGGGGAUAGACCUCCACGUUUUAUUUGGGAGCGCGAUGGAGUUGUCAUAUCGUCUAAUACAGAUUCCAGAUACAUAUUGGGUCAAAUGAUGUCCCCAUCUGGCGUGGGCGUCAUAUCUCAUCUGAACAUAUCACGGUCGCGGGUAGAAGAUGGUGGUGUCUUCUCAUGUGUCGCCUAUGAGAGUGACUCCAGCCUUCGACAUUCAGCAAGGAUUGACGUUUAUGGUCCACCAUACAUAAGAACAUUGCCUCCAAUAAAAGUUCAAAGCGGAGAUGGAUUGAAAUUAAGAUGUCCUUACUAUGGAUAUCCUAUCAGUAAAUUAGAAUGGGAAUACAAGGGCAAGAAAAUCGUCAGUACAUUAUUGCCACAGCACAGCCGAUACAAACGGACUUACAACAGAAGCGAUCACAUUAUAAAGAAGAGACGGAGGAAACGACAGAUACUCGAAACGAGCGAAGACGGGGUAUUGAAUAUACCGCGUAUCAUCAAAGAAGAGAACGGAGAUAUGUAUACAUGUAUUGUUUACAGUCCGUCUGGGGAAAUGGCUAGAAGAUCCUUCGAAAUCCAAGUUGUAGAAGCGCCUGAGUUAGAUGAAUUACGGGUAGGUUCUGGCCUCAAAGAAGGUCAAAUAGUCCAAAUCACCUGCAACAUUAUAAGCGGUGAUCCACCUAUUUUCUUCUCUUGGCUCAAGGAUGGCAUGAAAAUACCACCGAGUUUGAAGAUAACCGAGAGGAGUUCAGAACUGUUCAGUGUGUUGAUAAUAAAACGGGUGUCGCUGGAGCAUUGCGGUCGUUACACCUGCAUCGCGACCAACCACGUGGGGAAGGUCAAUCAGACAACCGAUUUGUAUAUCAAUGUGGCCCCAAAGUGGAUAGAGGAGCCGGCGAACACAUCGCUGUUAUUGGGUCAGCGCGGUAUCGUAUAUUGUAACGCGAAUGGCUAUCCCGUGCCGCAAAUUCAUUGGAUGAAACGAGAUGCGGCGCUAGGCAUCUGGCGGCCGGUGCUGGACCUGGCGGGGGGCGGGGUGAGCAGCGCGCCCAACGGCACGCUGCUGAUCGAGGUGGUGUCUCUGGCGGACGAGGGGCUGUACGCUUGCCACGCGGACAACGGCGUGGGGGAGGCCCUGGCCAGGCAACUGUGGAUCAGCGUCAAUAAACCUGUGCAUUUUGAAUCAAUGGGAACAAAUCUUACAACCAAAGUAGGGAUGCCACUCGAACUGAGCUGCAAACCCCUAGGAGACAGCCCUAUCAGAAUAAAAUGGACUUUGAAUGGCAACCCUAUCGAAUUUAUUUCAUCCAGGAUAACAAUAUCGGAAGGAGCUACAAAUAGUGGCUUGAAAAGCACGAUCAACAUCAACUACGUGGAGAGCAGAGACGGGGGGCAGUACGAGUGUAAAGCUAGCAACCCGUAUGGAGUUGCCACCUAUGCUGUAUAUGUCAAAAUUCUAGAACCCCCCACCCCCCCUCUGGACCUGCAAGUGGACUCGGUGACCAGUUCAUCCGCGAAACUAUCCUGGCGCGACACCAUUGUCACUCACGUACAGUACUACAGCGUGCAGUACACGGGCAAUCAGUACGCCGUGUGGGAUGCUGCUAAGAGGAUAAAUAUUACAAGACAAGACACAGAUGUUCGCCAGAGCGUAGAGUUGAAAGACUUGCAGCCGGCGAGCGAGUACAGGGUUCGAAUCGCAUCCGGUAAUAUGGUAGACCUCAGCCCGUACACCAUGCCUGUGCAUUUCACUACUUUACAGGAAGCUCCAUCAUCAAGUCCACUCAAUGUGCAAGUGCAUCAGACAGACAAUCCAGGAGAGCUGUUGGUGUCCUGGUUACCGCCCAGCAGGGAAACCCACAAUGGAGCCCUACAGGGCUACCAUGUUAAGGCUGUGCCUAGAAUUGCUGGCGAUUCAGGCCCAAAUGACACGCAAACAAAAAUGGUGAAGGUGGCCUCUCGGAAUGGGAAACAGGAGACUUUAUUGAGUGGUCUCCUAAAGAAUACUAGAUAUGCUGUAUCGAUAAGUGCAUUUAAUUCAGCUGGUAAUGGACCAUUUUCAUUGCCACAAUAUCAGACCACUAGGGAAGGAGCGCCGGAAACCCCUCCCUCGAGUGUGGAAUGUCGAGGCGUUUCAUCGACUUCGCUACGCAUCGCGUGGCAGCCCAUCACUAGCCACGGCGCAUCACUACUCGGAUACACGGUGCAUUAUAGUACUGAUGACGGCCCCUGGCUUAACGUGACGUCACCACACACGGAGUUGUAUUUACAGAAUCUAUUGAAAUACACAAAUUACACAGUGAAAGUGGCCGGCUUUUCGAAUUUUGGAAUGGGGCCUUUCUCAUAUGCCGUGCUUUGUACCACUUUGCAGGAUGUACCAGGUCCACCAUCAGCUAUAAAAGUAGUGGUAUCAUCACCAACAUCGAUCAUCGUUAGCUGGAAGAGACCGGACCAUCCCAACGGAGAGAUCACGCACUAUAACGUUUAUGUGAAACCCGUAUCUAGUACAUCCGCCCCGCAAAUCCACCGGGUGGACGCGCGGGAGUGGAACCUGCUGCGUCAGCACAGCUUCACUGUCACCAACUUGACGCCCAACUCGCAGUACGAGGUGGUGGUGCGCGCGCGCACCCGCGCGGGCGACGGCGCGCCCAGCCCGCGCGCGCACGCCGACCUCACCUCCAAAGUGGUGGCCGGUGUAUCGUCGCUCGGCGGCGCCAUCUCGGUGGGCGUGGGCUCGUCCCUGCUGCUCGCGUGCGCGUGCGUGGGCUCGCCCGCCGCGCGCACCGUGUGGUACCACAACCACAACAUCAUCACCCACCACCCGCGCUUCACCAGGAACCACGACGACAGCCUGCUGAUUAAUAAUAUAGACCAAUCUCUUAGCGGCAACUACACUUGCCUGGCCAAAAACCUCUACGGCUCUGAUUCUGUCUCGUACGAAGUCACAGUGUUGCCAACUCCAGACCCCCCCAUCGUGCGUGUGACGUCACAAAAGAACGCUCUGUACUUGCACUGGGAUACUCCGAAGACAGUGAAUGGGAAACCACAGAAGAUAAGCUACAACGUGAGCUGGAAGGAGGCGGGCGGCGCGUGGCGCAGCGCGGCCGGCGGCGAGCUGCGCGACGAGCUGCGCGGCGAGCUGCGCGGCGAGCUGGGCGACGAGCUGCACGGCGAGCUGCGUGGCGAGCUGCGUGGCGAGCUGCACGGCUCGCUGCGCGGGCUGCGCUGCGGCACGCGCUACGCGCUGCGCGUCACCGCCACCAACGCCGUGGGGACCUCGCCCCCCGCCUACCUGGAGGCCGCUACCCUGGGCGGAGUACCAAUAUCACCGACAACAACCGAAUGGUUCUGGAGCAAUUCCACUCACAUUUACAUCCAACUCAGUGGAUGGGACGACAAUGGAUGUGAGAUCACCAGGUGGGAGGUGGACUAUAGAGAGUACGGGACCAAAAUAUGGAAAAGGGCUGAAAAUAAAUUGCCGCACGUAGACGCGUGGGGUUCUUACCCACUAGUCAGUCAGAACUCCUUUAUCCUGGCCGACCUGGAGCCAGCCCGAUGGUACCAGGUUCGGGUCCUGGCCGAGAACUCUGCUGGUGUGUCCACAGCCCUCUACAUGUACGCCACCACCACUGAACUCGGAGAAUCAAUCGGACCUCCAUCCGAUUUCAUGGAUUUGAAUAUGCUGGUGAUUAUAUGCAGCUCGAUUCUUCUCACCAUCUGUCUGUUCACUUGCUUAUAUAUAUUUAUUAAGAGGCACAACCACGACAGACUUACCUCCUACCGCAAUUCUCUCACCACCGAGUGUAAAUCGGAACCGGCCGCCAACACGCCGCCCAACGACACGCGAGUGUACAGCACGCCCGUGCAUCUCACUGCUGAUAAUAAACACGAGCUAUACGAGAUAAGUCCGUACGCGCAGUUCGCGAUCGGUUUCCGCACGUUCGGGCACGUGGACAACCAGGAGGUGCCCGGGAGACACGCGCCCGGGAACAGUAAGGCGAGAUACGAUAGUGAAACCAGCUUUCAGAUGAGGUCAGAGUCUGAAGAUAGCGACUGCGUGUCCAGAACCACCACCUUGAAAAGCGCGCCGCGAAAAGCCUGCAGGAUCCCCCACCAUAGGUAGCUGAGUCGAAGCGACCAAACAAAUUGAAUAAUAUAUAAGUUAUAACAUAAUUAAGACUUUUUAUUUACAUUUGUUGUAUUUUCAAUGUAAAUAGUACAUAAUUUAUAAUUAAAAUACAUUUUUUAUCAAAUUGUUAGUCUUAGUAUUAAUUUUGAUGUAUUUUUCUUUUCGAUACUUAAUUAAUCUUUUAUUUUAGUAUACUUAAUGAACAAUUGUUCGUAAUUGUCAACGAAUUUUCGCAUUUUUAACUCACAGCGAAAAAAUAUGUUAAUACGUUUGCCGUAGCUCUGAAAUGAAUGGACCGUUUGCGAUGCGGUUUUUUUCACUUGAGAGCCAGUUAUUUGGUGGUUGUUAGCCUAUGGGGAUGUAAGAAUAUCAGCCCCUUUCCAAAAUGAAGUUAAAUAUUUUUGGCGUAUUAAUAUGUAAUCCUUUUUUAUAACAUUUCUUUCUAGUCAUGCCUAGUCAUUGUUCAUUUAAAACCGACUUAGAAAAAGGAGAUUUAUGAAUGCUACACUAUUUUUGUGUUUGUUAACUUAUAACUUUCUACUGAGUGAAUCGAUUUUAAUAAUUCUUCAUCUAAUUGAAAGCUGGUGCCUGGUUUGUGGUCCCGUUUGAAUUAAAUACAUAUUCAUAAAAAAAUCAUGAACACACGUUGUUUAUUUAAAUAUGUGAAAUAUUUAUUUUUAUUAUUUUGUUUUUUCUUAAUAUUGUUUAUACGUAUCAAGUAAAUUAUAUUGCCAUAUUAAGUUUAAGUAUACCGUA